AUGCUCUCGAGGCUCCUUCCCACGGUCUUCCCGCGACUGAUUGCGAGUGCAGCCAAGACGCCCUCCUUGCGGCUCACACAUUCGCAGGUCUUCAAGGCGUGGCGAAUGGUGGGACAGUCGAGUGGACGGAACCCAAACGGUUCAGGGAAAGACUGGGAGUUGGAAGGGACGAAGUCGGACGAAGAGACCAUUUCAGAGAAAGAGGACAGCUGCACCAUCUUCCUGGGCCGCCGGCGGAUCUGCUUCGAGCUGCUGCCGCCCGUGCGCCCCGAGAUGAUCGCUGUGCGGCGCCUGGAUCGGGGCGAAGAAGAUGACAACGGUGAACUUCCGCUGGACUUGGCCAAACAGGUCAUCAAUUUGGUCCAUGAGAGCACCUCCGAAUGGUUGCCCCACCUGUCUUUCACGGCAGGAGUGCUUUGUCCUCAUUGUCAUCACUCUGGAUCUCCCCAUGUCAUAGACGUGUCCGAGUUGUCAGAGGUGGUGGUUUGCCGCCGGAGCCACGAACCGGUGACCUUGGAAAAGGCGAGCUGGGCAUUUCAUUGGCGCCAAGAGACUUUGGACGGCGAGGAUCGGCUCGUGGAGGACACGGAGUUGCCGAUCAUUGACCCGGGAUCACCUCCCCGGCGCUCGCUCUCGGUGGAAGAUCCGCCAGCAGAGCUGCAGGCGCUGCAGACUCCCGAGACUCGGCAAGAAGCUCCGGAGUCUGCCAGAGAGCAUCGGCCAUCUUUGCCGGGCGUGGAGAAGAGAACGGUUCCUAUCCCGACCCUCGAAGCAAGCGCCUCCAUGCAGUCCUUGGGUAAGGAGAAAGCGUGCGUUGGCCUUUCACCCUUCGAGCAUCUUCCACUCCGCGACUCCUUCGGCUCGCGCACGGAGUAUGACGCGAGUGACCCAGCCAUCUCGGUGAAUGGGCGGAUCCAUGAUCUCUACGUGGAGCACUUCGAGGGUGCCAUGCGAGUCAUGGAGCAGAACCAUCAGGUCUUGCAGAGGCUGGUGCACGAGCAUCGUGGCCAAUGGGAAGCCUUGUGCGAGCAGGAGUACAGGGCAGAGCUCUCAGCGGUUCUAAGCAGCAAGGUCGAGAUCGACGUGCGCUUGGGCCUCUCUUCAACGCUCUUAGAGCUGUUGGCCCAUGGUGAUCGAGCUUACCCUGGCGCCCCAGUCUUCCUCCAUUGUGCCAUGCAUGCAGGAUACGCUGCAAGCACGCAUGGUUUAGAGCCAUUUCUCCUGUUGGAGGAUGAGGUAGGAGGUCCUCAGCCCUUGCCCCGCUGGCGUCUCUUGCAGUGGCUUCGCCAGAGGGAAGGUCAGAAAUGUCCCUUGAGUGGUGUCUUCCUGAAUUGUUGUGAUUCCGAAGGAAUUGCAGGAGCUUUCAUGGAAGCCGGCGUGCCUCAUGUGAUUUGCUGCCGUGGACGAGUGUUCGAUGGAGCUUGCAAGACGUUCACAAAGGCAUUCUAUCGAUCCCUGGCAGCUGGUCGGCAGGUCUUCUCGGCCUUUGAGUUCGCCCAAGAGUCCGUCGCCUUCUCUCCCCAGGCUGGGCUUCGACCAGAGGCUCAGAAGUUCGUGCUACUGCCCAGGCAAGAAGAUGUCCUGAAGUAUCCGGGUUUGUCCGUGGCGCCCAUGGCGCGGCACUACAGUGCUACCUUGCAGCUCUUGACUGGGCAUGCCAUCGAUGAGAGCAAAGAGCUUGGCAACACAUCCAAAGCGAUGAAGGUUGAAAUGGCUCGUCAUUUGUCUCGCAGCGACCGUGCUCGAGUGGUGAAUGUGUGGGGCAAGGCACCGGGCCUGGGAAAGACGGCGAUGCUGGCAGAGUUCACUCGCUUCUGCAUCUAUCCAGGCCGGCUCUUCGAAGGUUUGGCCAUCUGGGUCCCUUUGCGCUUUGCACCUCCGGAGCCGACACCAGGUUUGCUGCCUUUGGUGCGUGCCAGUUCGGGCCCACGCUCCGAGCGCGGUGACCUCUUCCUGGAGCAGGUCCAAAGCUCCUUCGGUGGACUGAAGACCGACAAUUUGGAGCUGAAGCCACUGCAGCCGAAGGAUGCCGCACAGCUCUUCCUCUAUCGCGUUCACCGUCACCUUUAUUGGAAGGCGCGGAGUUUUCAGUCGCGGAAGAUUUGCAGUUCAUCCUGUAGUCUCCAAGACAUUUGGCGUAGCAAGGAGGAGUGGAUGAAGAAAGCCACCGAGUGGUACGGGGACAACAUCUACAAGAAGGUGGCGGACCGCUCACUUCUGGACACGGGAGACGUUCCGAUUACCUUGGAGCGGGAAAAGCGUGAAGAGGUUUUGAACGCACUGGCUGCCAUGCCUUUGCUCUCGGAGUUUUGCCAAGGCAUUCCCUUGCGCAUCCAGCAGACUGCAGAGCGAGUGACAAGCUCCUUGCCUUCGCUCUGGGUGCUGCUGGCAGAGCUUCGGGAUGCCCGUGCACGGAACCGCCAGGAGAUUCAGCAACGGCUGCUGGCACCUUCCACGCUCCACGCCAAGCGGCGUUCCAUCAGCGGAGCGUGGCAGCUGGGUAAGGUGAUCGGGCAAGGUGCACAAGGUGUGGUGUACAAAGCCUUGGACUCUGUGUCAGGUGAGUCCUUCGCUGUGAAAGUCUUGGAGGAUUCCAAGGAGCUGCACCAAGAGUUGGAACUGCUUCAGUUUGGAGUCAGUUACUUGGGACACGAGGUCCAUGAUCGGCAGCUCUACAUCUUCCUGGAGUACAUGCCAGAAGGAACUCUGAAAGACAAGAUUGACGAGUUCGGUGCUUUUCAAGAGGAGAUGAGUCAUAUCCAUAUUGUCCCCAUUUCACUCUUGUGA